AUGCGUUGGACAAAAGCUAUGAACGAAAACGCAUUGCGGGCGUACUAUAGGGUGAAAGGGGAAGAAACUGUGGGAAUAUCGUAUAGGGCUCGGAUGCAUUACUUUUUUGCUGAGCUGGAACCAUCUAUUCCCGUCACCCAGCAAAACCUGGCAGACCGAGUUCGGUACAUCAUGCGCUCGAAAAUAUUUGAUGAUGCCGAACUCGAACAACUACGACGUGAGGCUAUUCCAUCAUUACAUGAAUCGGCUAUGGCUGGGGAUGCAGCUCCACAUGCGACAGACCAGCAUUCACACUUGGAAGCCACCAUGGAUCUUCCAGUUGUGGUUGAUUCGAACGACGAUGAAAUAGUCUCCCACGAACUAGAGCAAAUGAGGAGCAUAUUGGAUGAGGCGAUUUUGGAAACGCGCAGCACCCCUCUCGAAAAUCGACCGCGACUUCUACGCAAGCGACCCUAA